ACCCACGGCGUAAAGGUGUUUGUUGUUUGGUUUGGGGUUUUUCCCUCUUAAAAAAAAAAAACCAAAACAAACAACCCUCAUCCUCGUUUAGUCCGUGGCCAGGACUAGCAUAGUAUCAUUUCCAGUCCCAGCAGCUCGCAUCACAGACGCGAACCCAGGACCGCCUCCCCCCCGUUUCUUUUUUUUUUUCUUCACAAUCUCCCAAAUCGUUUCAUUAUUGUUAUUUUUUAAAUGAUCGCUCUUUUUGCCCGCUGCUCCCGCUGCUGCCGAAAUCCCCGUCUUCCCAGGGUGCAUGCUUCUGGCAAGAAUUGUGCAGUGUCCUCAGUCCAUUUUCAGUGUAUUUUAUCUUAAUUUGUCCUGAUCCGAUCUAAGCGCGAUAGCCACCACUUGCUUUCAAUUUGUAGGAUUUUUCCCCCUUCUUGGUUUGCUCCGACUACCCUCUCUCUCUCCUUGCAAUUCCAGGGUUGCCAUUUACUCUGCCUUUUCUUCUUCGUGCUUUUUUUUUUCCUUUUUUUUUUUUUUUUUUUUUAAACCUCCCCUCCUUUGAAUUGCUUCAUGUUACUAACCAUUCUUAAAUUGUAAGAGAGAUUCAUUCCCCCUCCUCUUCCACCACCACCAGCACCACUACCACCAUCACCUCCUCCUCCUCCUCCUCCCCUUCUCUUCUCCUUUUUGGCAGCACCAGGACGUCCGGUGUGGUGGUGGCAGCGAGCAGCAAAAGCAGCAAGAGCUCGUUUUGAUUCCCCCCCUUCCAAGGUGCUGCGGAGAGACUGGUUUCAGGCUGAGCAGCAGAAGUCACGAUGAGUGCACAAGGUGAGGGACCCGGUCAGCCUUCCACUGCUGCCCAGGAGCAACCUGCAACCGCAGAGCCUCAGAAGAGAGGACGAGGCAGACCCAGGAAGCAACAACAAGAACCAACCGGUGAACCAUCUCCUAAAAGACCAAGAGGAAGACCCAAAGGAAGCAAAAACAAGAGUCCCUCUAAAGCAGCUCAGAAGAAAGCAGAAGCCACUGGUGAAAAGCGACCCAGAGGCCGGCCCAGAAAAUGGCCUCAACAAGUGGUUCAAAAGAAGCCCGCUCAGGAAGAGACUGAAGAAACAUCCUCACAAGAGUCUGCAGAGGAAGACUAGGAGACCACAACAUGCAAUUUCUACCUCAUCAGCAGUUGGGUCUUUUGAAGGGAGAAGACACUGCCUUGACCACUUAUUUUCUAUUGCCAUGAUCUUUCCACUUUUGCCUGGGGGGAAAAAAAUCACAUAACCUUAAAAAGGAUUUGACUAACCAUCUUUGUAAUCCCUUCACAGUCCCAGGUUUAGUGAAAAACUGCUGUAACACGAAGGGGACACAGAUUAACGAUGCAACUUUUAAUUACUGUUUUCUUUUUUCUUAACCUACUAAUAGUUUGUUUGAGCUGCUAAGUAAGGGUGAAUGGGUCAAGAAGAACUCCCCAUCAGGUUUAUGUCAUUCACUGCACUGCAUAGAAACAAGAAACUUGUAAUAUAGUCAUUAUCAUGGGCAUUGAAAUAGGAAAGGCUGGGUGUGUAACACGAAAGCCUUGCAACACUUCCAGCAACCCACUCCCUACUUAGUGAACUCCCUGUUUUAGAACACCAAAGAUAAGGGAUAGAUACUACUCUUUUUUUUUUUUUUUUUUUUUUUUUGUAACUUACUUAUAGAC